AUGAGUUCAAAGCCUUGCAUUUUCAGGACUUGGGAAGACGAAAGAGCAUACAAGCCAAAGAAUCCUAUCUUCCUGGGCAUUGGACCUUACCACUCCAACAACCCCCACACGUUGGAGGAUACAGUGCUCAACUUGGUCCUGGAGAGGACGCAAAUUUGCCGCACAGAAGAUGUCGUUAAUGCCCUAAGAGACGAUGCUCUGAAGGUGAGAGAAUGUUACGAAGGGGCGGAUAUCGGACUAUACAAUCUUCCGCAGAACGACGAUUUUGUGAAGGUGCUGGUAAGAGAUGGAUGCUUCGUGUUAGAGUUGAUGCACAUCAUGACAACAGUAAAGCAUCCCUUUCGCACCAUCGCCACCAGGUUUUCCUCCGCCCAAUUGGAAUUUCCAUUGAACAACACCAUGCAACGCCAUAUUCUUCUUGACGUGUUGAGGGUCAACAACCAAAUCCCCAAGGCCUUUCUUAAACGCCUCUACAGCCACCUACAGUACAGAGAUCAGUCACUCGAAGCCAUGCUCAACAAGUUCUUAGGCUUCCUUCUCAUGAAAAGAUUGGAGGUGCCAAACCUUGCCGGCGCUUGCCAUCUCCUCGACGCUGCAAGGAUGAAAUUUCUGCCCAGCAUGCUGGUUGGGCAAAGCAGAGUAGCAGGCUCGGCAACAGGAGCGUGUCUCUCUCCCAUUGGCGAAAUGAGCGUACGCUACAGCGCUAUCGAUCUCGAGGACUCGAGAGUUACCAUCUCGCGGGCGGAUGAAGGAAUGGUGAAAUGGGUUCCCAGGCCGUCGUGGAUACCGUUUCGUAAACCGUUCCUUAAGCUCCCCCGUAUCCUCAUCAACAGGGACUCCGACUACAUUUUCAGGAACAUGGUGGCUUACGAGCAACGGCUUGUGGAAGAUGACGACCAGCCGGUGUCGUCCUACCUUCGCCUUCUCAGCGACCUUGUACUCACUGCCGCCGACGCCCGAGUCUUGACUUUCCGAGGAAUAAUCGACAACCAGCUGGGCAGCCUGGAAGACGUCGUUAAGUUCUUCAGGGCUAGGACGCACGUAUGGGAUCGACAUGCUGUCUAA